UAUGCCCCUUCUUUCAGCAGUGCCGACACCUCAUAACUCUUUCGAAGGGACAUCGCCGCUCCAUGACCUCCCUUCUCUGCCCAGUGCCAGUCUAACAACCCUACAGCAGUCGCGGAAGCAUCUGCUCUAGAAGACAAGGCUGAAGGCAGGGACUGGAGCCGAACGGGCUUCUCUGAGACCCGGCAGGCAGCGCUCCGAUUGUCGCUCGAGCCUCGACCCCAGCCGCGGCUGCUCCCCGCCUUUCAACUUGAGGCUGUCGGGUUGCAGGGGAAGAGCAUGUGAUCGCUUGAAUGGAAUUCGCUCGCUGCUCGCUUUGCUAUGGUGUGGCAGCCGCGGCGGGGAGAGCAAUGGAGGCUGCUUGAGAGAGACCGGGCUGGGCUGCUGCUGCUGCUGCCUGGCUCCAUUGCACAAGGGAAAGCCCAACCAAAUCUCUUGUCCCCAAAUCAAAGAUCCGAGCAAGCUGGAAAGAAAAUUGUUAAUUGGUUUACCCAACGAGUGCACAGAAAAUUCUGAUAUUCUGGAAAGCCUGAGUGGGAGUAUAUAAGAAGAUUGCAGUCAGGGAAGACAAGAAAAAAGCAAGCAAAUUCCAGCCUUUUAAGAAGUUUUUUGGUAGAAGGAGAAAACGGGAGGCAACACCAGACCUUGAGGACGCUGAACUGAAACCAAGCAAUUCCUUCGGAAAUGUCUGCAAUGGUGCACUGUCUUCCGAUGAGGAGACAAAUGAUGGUCUGAGGUCUUCCAGUUAUAGUAUGGGAGCACGGGCCUUUUCCCAUGACAGUAUUUUCAUACCUGAUGGGCGAGCAGAGAGUGAAGAGUCUGAUCAAGCAAUGUCACAAGAAAACAUACUAGGCAAAGUCAAAACCCUUCAGCAACAGUUGGCCAAGAAUAUUAAAUUUGGCCAGCCCCCACAAAUGACAGUUUCAGUGAAGGCAAUUGGGGAGGCAAAUGCUAGUUCAGAAGCGGAUGUGUUACUGAGUAGCCCCAUGGAGACUGAGGCACAGCAGGAUAUAGUCCUUCCAGAGAACUAUAAUAAAUCAGGUGGCACACUGGAUUCGUUGAGCCCUGCAAGUUUGCAUGGAACAGAGCAUGAAGUGGAAGAGAAGGUUGCUCCAGUGAAAUCAUCUCGACCAAAAAGGCACCACUCACCUUCUGGCACAAUUGAAACAGUGAAUCUCGAUGCAAUCCCUCUGGCGAUUGCCCGUCUGGACAAUAGCGCAGCAAAGCACAAGCUCUCUGUUAAGCCAAAAAAUCAGAGAGUUUCCAAAAAGCACAGAAGGUUAUCAAAGGAGCUACAAAAAGUAAUAGUGCCUGAAUUUGAACAAGAAAUUCCAGAAUCUCAAAGUUAUGACAUUUCAAGUAAUGAUGGCCAUUAUGCUGCAGACAAGGCAAUCCACCACAGAGAGGGUAAAGAACAAAAAGCAGAAGGUAAAAGAAAACAAGAAGAUCAUUGGAGAGACCUUGAAACUGAGAAGGAAAUACAAAUGGCUGGAACAGAAAUAGAAAGCCAUCUGGAGCACAAAAGACUUCAGGACUUUGAGGAAAACCAAAGAGAACAAGAUGGAAAAAAGCAGAAGCUCCAGGAAGAAGAGCAAUUUUUUGAAAUGGAAGAGGGAAAGGAUCCAGAAGAGAAGAAGACACACAAAGACCAGAGACAUCAAGAUCUUCAGGAGCACAGGCACAAAGACCUGGAGGAACAGAGAAGGAAAGAAGAAGGUCCACAGGAACUGAAGGACCAAAAGCAGCAGCAAGAAAAAAGGCAUCAGGAACUAGAAGAACAAAAGCAAUCUGAAGGACAAAGAUAUGAGGAACUGGAGGUACAAAGGCAAUAUGUAGAACAUCAUGAACUGGAGGCGCAAAGACUACAGGAAGAACAAAGGCAUCAGAUACUGAAAGAACAAAGGCAUCAUGAACUGGAGGCCCAAAGGCAGCAUGAAGAACAAAGGCAUCAAGCACUGGAAGAGCUAAAACAACGGGAGGAACAAAGACAUAGGUAUCUGGAGGUACAAAGGCAACUCAUAGCUCAAAGACAUCGAGAAAUGGAAGAGGAGACAUGGCAGGAACCUUCUUUGAAAGACCAACAAAGAAAACAAGAAAAGAGACAUCAAGAGUUAGAGGGCAAAAAACAACUUGAAAAGCUGCUGCAACAAGAGAAAGAUAAGAGACAUAAACAGGAGAAGCAUCAAUGGCAGGAAGAACAACAAAGCCACCCAGAUACGGAAGGGCAGGUAGGACAAGAACUGGGAAUGCAUGAGACUGAAAAGCAGGAUCAACUGAACCAACAAGGAGUUCAUGUGCAAAAAAGACAAACAGGACAGAGGCAAGAACUAGAGAAAAUCAGAAAUCUAGAAAGUGAAGAGAAGUUGCAAGGGAAGGAAAGAGCCAUGAAGCUGGAGAAGCAAGAGAUAGCUGAAGACCAACAGAAGCAUCUGGAGGAAGAACAAAAGAAGAAGGAUGAGCAAAAACAGCAAGACCUAGAAAAGCAAAUGAUAUCAGCAGAACAUGGGCACUGUGAAUUAACAGAACUAAAGCAACCAUGGGCUGAAAAGAGGGUUCAACAGGAAGAGCUGAUAGAGAGGGGAGAGGGACAAAAACUGGAAGAACAGAAAACUUCUAGUUUGGAAGGACAACAGCCACUAAGAAAGCCAAAAGAACAAAACAGAUUCUUCCCAUUGUUACCAGACAAAAACAUACAUCCAGAAGAGAAGUGUUUGGAAACUAUUGAGAAAGAGGUUCCACCAAAAGAAGAAGCAAGACAGCAAAAGAUAAAGCAGCCAGACAAAGGACAGAAAGAAGAAGAAACCCUAAAGCAUGAUCAGAGGAAGAACAUUGACACUCAGGAACAGGAAAGAAUCCUAGGUGAAGAGCUACGAUGGCAGGAAGUUGAUGCUAGACAAGCUAUGCCAAGGGGAUUCACCUUUCAAGUUUCCUCUGGAGAAAAACAAAUAAUAUUUCAGAAGGUGAAUUUGAGCCCAGUUACUCCUGUUAAAGAGGCACCAGCUCCUUCUGCCACAAAAGAACUGAAGACUCCAAAAUCCAGCAAAGUUUCUCAUGCUCUCCAAUCUUCUUUGUGUGUUCCACAUACAGCAAUUCUGGUCACCGGAGCACAGCUCUGUGGCACUGCAGUGAAUCUCAAUCAGAUAAAAGAUACCGCUUGUAAAUCUUUGCUUGGCUUAACAGAAGAAAGGAAAACAGUGGAUGUCGUUCCAGCAGAAACCAGUCAGAAAAUGUCUCCUGGUGCCAAGCCUAGCAGCAGUAAAAUGAAACACCCUCAGGAUCCUUUGGGCAAUCAAGCCAUUUUAGCGGAAUGGGCAUCUAUUAGAUCCAAAAUCUUAAAAAGUGCAGAAAAUGGUAAACUUACUGAGAAAGACAAAGGAAGCCUCAGUAGGCAUAGUGAUGACUGGACACCUAAAGGGCACAGUGCUUCCCAUGGCAACUUACGGAAAACCUUGUCUGCAAAUGCAAAGUUUUCUAUAACUCCUGCAUGGCAGAAAUUCUCAGAAGUCUCCAAGUGUAACACAGAUGCAGAGAGUAAAGGUGGCCCUGAAGCUGACAACACAGCAAAACAGUUGGGUCCAUUGACUGAUGCAAAGCAAGAGGCAGUUCAUAGUGAAGCACUGCCAUGUACAAUAAACAUUUUUGGAACGUCUGCUGGGAAAUCUGAAGUUCAGCAUGAGAUGACAGAUAAUACAGAAGGCUGUAAGUUUGCCAAAGAUCUUCCAUCUUUUCUCGUUCCAACUGCCCCACAUUCUCCAAGUAAAGAAAUGCUUCAGCCAGAAAUCUCGACUACUCUGGAAUCUCAGCAGAAAGUCGGUAUGGGGAAACUGGAUAGAGCUUCACCAAGUGGAGAAGAACAUGUGUCCCCAUUUGGAGUAAAAUUAAGGAGGACAAACUAUUCCUUGCGUUUUCAUUAUGAUCAGCAAGCAGAGCAAAAAAAGAAGAAAAGAUACAGUGCAGGAGAUAGUUUUGAUGGUGUGCCCACCCCACUUGUUACACCAGACAAUGAAAAAGAGGCAAAUAAUAUAUUUUUGAAAGAGAACAAGUCUCCACUCCAGGAGAGAAAGGAUGUCAUUGUUAGUUCUGUAAAAGACUUGUCAGCUAAUGUUAGUCUGAAUUACACCACAGUUGCUCCAGUCUCUCUACCAACUACUGGUCAGGUGUCUGUACCUAGUCAAGAGAAACCUGUCUGCAAAUCCCCACUCUCACAAAAACCUGCAUUAGCUCCAAAGCCUAUUAGCCAAACCCCACCGUCAUCCCCUCUCUCAAAAAUGCGCAGGUCUCACUUAACAGAUCCUGUAGGGCAAAGGGUGGUUAAAACAGAAUCUGACACCAGCUGGAGAAAAGCAGAGGCGAAAGGGAGCGCUCUACUUUUACAAGGGCAGGAUGAAAGCAAGAGUGAGGAGGAGGAGUCCAAGGAGAGGAAAUCAUUUUUCCCAUCCAUCACAAUGCCAUGGAGAGAGAAAACUGAGAAAAAGCCCGAGCCAUUGAAAAAAGAAAGGCCAGUUCUUCAGAGCAGGCAUUCCAUUGAUGGCUCCAAAUUGAUGGAAAAAGUUGAAACUGCUCAGCCACUCUGGAUUACGCUGGCACUGCAAAAGCAGAAGGGGUUUAGAGAGCAACAAGCAACAAGAGAGGAAAGAAGACAAGCCAGAGAGGCAAAGCAGGCCGAGAAACUUGCUAAAGAAAAUGCCAGCAUAAACAAUCAGCCAGAUAUUAGAAGCAGUAAUAUCAGCCGGACAAGUACAAUGCUAAAACCCGCAAUCCAGGAGGAGGAGAAGAAAGCUGAGACUGCUAAAUCAAGACUGGAACGCAGAGAACAGCUAAAAAAAUCCAACACCCUUCCUACAUCAGUGACAGUGGAGAUCUCAGAUUCUGUUCCAUCAUCACCUUUGGCAAAAGAAGUCACCAAGAGAUUCUCUACCCCUGAUGCUAAUCCUGUGUCAACAGAACCUGCCUGGUUGGCUUUAGCCAAAAGGAAAGCAAAAGCCUGGAGUGACUGUCCACAAAUCAUUAAUCCAGGGAACCAGGAGCACAGCAGAAGACUGUACAUUCCCUGCUGCUACACCUCCCCACAUCCACUCCCACCAUGAUUCCAGCUAACAGCCUCUCACGGAUGGCCCUAAAAAGAUAUUAGGCAGCAGGGGACAGCUGGACUGAGUCUGGAGCCUACUUCAUCCUCAUUUUAACAAGUAAUCAGUGCAUUAGAGCUGGCACAGAUUAUUACCAAUGAGGCGGUACAUAUGUAGAUAUACUCUGCAUCCAGGUUGGAUGCAGAAGCCCUGUGCACUAACCUUUUAUAUGGAUGGUAGGGAAACCCAUUCCCUCUCAUAUAUCAGUAUUGGGAUGAGGGCUGGAGUAUGUAAAAUAUUUGUUUGGAUGCAUUUCUAAAAGCCUGUAUUUUCAACAUUGUCAUUUCAUGUAAAGUCAACUUGCAAUUUUGCACUAAAGACCAAUGAGGUGUUACUUUGCUUUACCUUUGUUUCAGUCUUUCCUGGUGAAUAAACUGUUGCAACUCUAUUAAAAAAAUAUGGAAAUUGUUCAAACACUUUGAACACUGAUCUAACCACUAUGUAGAAUAUGGUCUCAACUUCUUUUUGUAACUUAAACGGAAAAGCCCAGCAAGAAAAAGCUAGUCACACUGAGAUCCUGUUGAAAUGCAUGACUAAAUUAGCCUAUUGUUUUCAACAAGAGUUGGGCAUAACUAACUUUCUCUGGAUGGGGACCAAGAUAUUAUUUCUGAGGUUACAGAUUAUUAACCUCUAUUGUUAAUAUAGUGGUGUAUAAAAUUAUAAACAAAUGUAUAAUUGUGGGGUUUUGUUUUGUGUACUUUUUUAAUUUUUCAAAUGUUUUAAAGUGCAAUUGUUUCUUAUACUAAUGUCAUUUUAAUUCCUAUUAAAUUAUAAUCUGCUGAAAGUUAUCAGAAGAUGUAUGUAUUCAUUGUCUUUUUGUUAAAAAUGUCAGGCUUACCUUAUAAGGACGGCCUGAAUGGCUAUAGGAAUCUAAUUAUGUGUUUUUACCAACAAUAAAACCCGAGUAAAGUUACCUAUGACUUAAGGGAUAUGUUAGUGCAAUUUCUACUUUCAGUUUUUGAUUGUCAGAUUUUAAUGUAAAUGGUGCAUCAUGGAAAAUUUGUUCUAUUUCAAUAAAAAAAACCUACAACUGUU